GAAGGCCAACCACAGAUAGCCAGCUCAGGAAGAGUUGAAGGGGAGAAGUGUUUCUCUCUCUCUCUCUCUCUCUCUCUCUCUCUCUAAAUCUGGGGGUGAUCAGGUCAUUGUCUGACUCUCAAUGGCUUUGGUUGGGGAGCUGUUUCUCUGUCUACUUCUUCUAUGGCUCUAUGCUCUCACUUUCUGUCAAGCGAAGCAAAAUUGGGAAAAUCAAUACCCAUUCAUCAAGCGUGCAAGUUCUUUUCCAUCAUCAUCAUCAUCAUCAUCAACUACAUCGAGCGGUGGCGAUAAGGCCUACGAUUACAUAAUCAUAGGGGGUGGCACAACAGGGUGCCCGCUAGCUGCCACCCUUUCUAGAAACUUCAGUGUGUUGUUGCUUGAGAGAGGAGGUGUCCCUUUUGUAAACCAAAAUGUAACCAACUUGAAGAACUUCCACCUCACUUUGGCCGAUACUUCACCAAGCUCAGCUUCCCAAGCUUUUAUUUCCACCGAUGGAGUGUUUAAUUCUAGGGCUAGGGUUUUGGGUGGAGGCACUUGCAUCAAUGCUGGCUUCUACACUAGAGCUAGCACAAGGUAUGUUAGAAAAGCAGGAUGGGAUGCUAAGUUAGUGAAUGAGUCAUAUCCAUGGGUUGAGAAGCAAAUUGUGUACCAGCCAAACCUUGUGCCAUGGCAGAUAGCGGUUAGAGACAGUCUUUUAGACGUCGGGGUUUCGCCUUUCAAUGGAUUUACGUAUGAUCAUGUGUACGGAACUAAGGUUGGCGGUACCAUCUUCGACAAGUAUGGUGGCCGUCACACUGCUGCUGAGUUACUUGCUUCCGCAAGCCCUGAAAAGCUUGAUGUUUUGAUUCAUGCUACGGUUCAAAAGAUAGUUUUUGACACAACAGGAAAGAAACCAAGGGCAGUCGGAGUAAUCUUCAACGACGAAAAUGGUAACCAACACCAAGCAAUUCUAGCAAAUGGGUCAGGAAGCGAAAUCAUAGUGUCGUGUGGAGCCAUUGGCAGCCCCCAACUGCUGCUACUGAGUGGCAUCGGACCAAAAGCCGAGCUUCAAAAGCAGAACGUAUCGGUGGUGGUAGACAACAAGUUCGUCGGAAAAGGGAUGUCGGACAACCCACUCAACACAUUGUUCAUACCAUUUAAUAGGCCAGUUGAGCAGUCAUUGAUACAAACUGUGGGGAUUACUAAAAUGGGUGUUUACAUUGAGGCUAGCAGUGGCUUUGGGCAGUCCCAGGAUAGCAUUCGCUGCAACCAUGGAAUUUUAUCGGCCGAGAUUGGGCAACUCUCCACCAUUCCCCCAAAGCAAAGAACUAAAGAAGCCAUAGAAGCCUACAUCAAAAGCAAGAGAGACCUUCCACAUGAAGCAUUCAUGGGAGGUUUCAUUCUAGAGAAAAUAGCCCGGCCUAUCUCCACUGGUGAGCUCAGCCUCAUCAACACCGAUGUCAACAACAACCCCUCCGUCACCUUCAACUACUUCAGCCACCCUUAUGACCUACAGCGUUGCGUUGAUGGCAUUCGUAUGGUAGAGAAGCUCGUGAGCUCAAAACACUUCGUGAACUUCACUCAACACGACAAACUGACCGUGGAUAAGCUGAUUAACAUGAGUGUCAUGGCUAAUAUUAACCUCAUACCCAGACACACCAAUGAUACAGAGUCCUUGGAACAGUUUUGCAAAGACACUGUCAUUACUAUUUGGCACUACCAUGGUGGUUGUCAUGUUGGUAAGGUUGUUAGCCCAGAGUACAGCGUUCUCGGGGUUCAUAGCCUCCGUGUCAUUGAUGGCUCAACAUUUAGUGAAUCGCCUGGUACUAAUCCUCAAGCCACUUUGAUGAUGCUGGGCAGGUACAUGGGAGUGAAGAUUUUGAGAGAGAGACUAGGAAGAUCAGCUGAUACAUAAAGACUUGAAAAGAAAAGCUAAGUAGAAGCACAACAGGAGCAGCAUAUGUGUGUGUGUGUGUGUGUGUGUGUGUUUUGUAAUGGUGGAAAGUGUUUUGGUUGUUUUAAUUUCUUAGCAAGCAGUUAAAUGUGUAGAGAUAUAGGUCAGCUUGCCCACAUAUCAAUAUGUUUCCAAAUCUGUUUUAUCCACUACAUGUAGUCUCAGCUAUUUAACAUUAGAUAUAUAUAUAUAUAUAUAUGUAUCACCUGUUGGCAUCUUCCACCCACA